CCUGCCCCUUGGAGGUCCGCUGCUGUACCAUACUGUAUAUUACUUCCAUCCCCUCUGCUUCCAUGGAAGCUCCGCCCAAGCUGUAUUAAUAGUACCCGUGCUGCAAUUGCAUCCCGACGCCUUCUGCCGCCCGCGAGCUUCCUCGAAGCUCCUCCGCCAUGCCGUCACACCUCACGCGCGUCGUCUUCCGCAGCAUCAUCGCCGACACCCCUCUGAUAUGCCGCGGAUGCGUGCAGCGCACCCCGCGCCUUCGCGCAUCCUUUCAGCAUGGGCCCCGCGCAAUUGCGCCCCAGCGGCGCACCUUUCUCGGCAUGUUCAAGCCCGAGCGCAAAAUCAAGCCGCCGGAUGUGCCCGCUGGCUUGGAAGUAAUGGGUGAACUGAUACAAGCCCAAGGCGACGGGCUGCGGCCACCAACCCCUGCGCAGGUCGCUGCAGCAUUGGAUGCCUUUUUCACGCAGAAAAAGGCCGAUGUCGAGGACUUUCACGUUGCGAAGGCUCUGAACGCACUCCAAUAUCUGUUGGCGAACCCGAAAGAGGACGGACAGCCAUGGCUGUCAUACAAGAGCAUGAACGCCAUGAUGUACAAAAUCGAACGAUAUCCGCCAGGGACGGGCGGAACCCCGCAUAGAAUCCUGGCCAAGCUCCUGGAUGCAGAGAUAGAGAAGGUCAUUGGGAAUGAGAUGGACCUGAGCAAGUCGCUUGCCACCUUGACGGUUUACGAAGCGAUAGAGUUGCCCAAGCUUGUGCGUAUCCUCUGCACCUAUGGUGCGAGUCUAGAGGCGAGGGACCUGGCCAACAAAACAUUUGGAACCCCGUCCGACAAGCGCUCACUCCAUGAGGACAAGAUUGUGCGGAACACCUGGAAGGCAGUCGUGGCAGGCUUUGCUAAAGAGGGCAAUACGCCAGAGCUGAUCAAGACGACGGAAAUGAUGCGGGACGCUGCAGCCACGUUUACGUCUGAAGUUCAGGGCGUUUUGGUCAAGUACUUUGUGGAACGCAACGAUCUGGAACAAGCUAAACACUGGUAUUCCACCGCGAUCCCAGAAUGGGACGACGGUAGAGGCUUGCAAAGUGCCCUGGGACCUUUCCUCACCUCUCUUGCGCUUAGCGGAGACACCGCCUUCGGCCAACAAGUCGUGGCCUCGCUCCUGCAAGAAAUGCCAGCCAAGGAGACCUGGGAUGCCAUUUUCGUCUGGUCGGCUGCAAUUGGCAAGGGCGCCGAUGAGAUCGACCGCAUGAUGAACGUUAUGAUCCGGCGCAACCAGGAAGAGCGACAAAAAUCGCCCGAAAAACCUGUCAUACUACCGGACAUCAAAACCAUCAACUCGCUAGUAGAGCUCGCCAUGUCCAAGCAAGACUCAUACUCGGCCGAGCGCUUUGUCGUUCUCGGAGAGAAGCGCGGCAUCUACCCGGAUGAGAAGACUUAUACCAUGCAGAUGCGCUAUCGACUUUCGAUCAAUGAUAUAGACGGCGCCAGGGCUGCUUAUUACGGUUUGCAGGGUCAGAUUACGGAGGACAGCGACUGCGCCGAAGCGGUCAACAAGCUCAUCCAAGCGCUAUGCAAUUUGCAACAACACCAUUUCGAUGACAUAAUGGCCAUUGUGGACGACUUACAUGAACGAAACGUACGGCUUACACCAGAGACGGUUGCUACGGUGUGCGUACUCCACCUUCGACGUGGAGAGCCGCACGAUGCGGGUGACUUGCUGAACAUGCACGCCCAUCACCUUUCACCCGAACAACGUGUAGUCAUCCGAAACGGCCUUGCCUCAUUCAUCAUGGACAGUCAGACCAGCACAGCGGAAGCCUGGGAAACCUAUCAGAUGCUCCGCCACGCGUUCCCAGAAACCCCUCGCGCUGACCGCAUCCCCCUCAUGGAUGAGUUCUUCCGCCGGAAACGCUCCGACAUGGCGUGCCAUGUCUUCUUUCACAUGCGCAACUCUGUCGAGGAGACCAUUGCAGCUGACAAAGAAGUCUACGUCAAGGCCUUCGUGGGCUUCGCCCGCAACGCUGACGCCGAGAGUCUGGAACUCGUCAGUAAUCAGCUCAAGAUCGACCUCAAUGUCGAGAUGGACACGCAGCUUCGGAAUUCCCUGAUGCUCGCCUGGGCCGCAACCAAAAACAACGGGCGCGCGUUGUCCAUGUGGGGCGAGAUCGGGUCGUCACGGGAAGGCCCCACGUACAACAGCAUAGCCAUUGCGUUCCGUGCCUGCGAGGGCACGCACCACGGCGAACGCCAUGCGCGCUCCAUCUGGGCGCGGCUGAAGGAAUUGGACGUGGAUAUCGACAAGCAGAUCUUCACCGCGUACAUGUGUGCGAUUGCGCGGAAUCAUCGCCAUGACGAUGCGCUGGCGUUGAUCGAGGCGGCGGAGGAGGAGUAUGGCUUCACGCCUGAUUUUUACAUACUGGGAAACUGGUUCCAGUGCACCGCCAACAUCGACAGGCAAGAGAAGGUGGAAGAGUGGAUCAAGGCAAGGUAUCCCGCUGUCUGGAAGCAACUGGAGGCUCUGGGGUCGUACAGGACGAUGGAUGGCUUCGGCUACCGCCAGUUCAACUUCAACCGGGACCUGGAGCCUUAGUAAGACAGUGCUGUAUAAUGAAUAAAUAUGUAGUUGAUACCCAGUCAGAUUCUGAGUUCUGUCGGUGGUCUUCGUUUCUUUGGUCUUCACUCUGAGGACUUUGACCUCGCUCUACGCUAUAAUGCUCGACGUUGCAGUGGAGUAGAUAGGGCUAACGAUAUCGCGGCACAGGUACAUAAAAGGUUGAAUAUGAUGGGAGAACUCGAGUGUUCUUUUCAACAAGGUCAUGGUAUUUGGCAUUCCACGGCUUGAGCCAGGGAUAUGAGCGCUAUCGAUGACAGUAUUAAUCCAAUCCCAAAUGUGCAUC